ACGAGUAUAUUGAGUAAUUUUCUACUGUCGCACCGGUUGGAAACGCAUCGUCUGCUGCUUGGAAUAAAAUAAACAUGGUGACUUGAGUGGAUUACGAUUUCGUAGAAAUUAUACGAGAAUUGGUGUUAAAAUGGAUUCUAGAGCUAAUGAAGAGUCCGCCCGACGGUGCGUUAUGCGCGCCUAUGGAGCCGUGUCGCUACUGCAGCUCUGUCUUGGCCUCCUGCUCAUCAUUUCCGGAAUGCUGGCCAUCAAGUACUCGCAAGAGGAGUUCCACAUUUCCCGUCCCCCGUACUUUGUUGGGGCCUUCCUCGUAGGCGUCAUCAUGAUCUGCGGCGGGAUCUGUUCUCUGUACGUGUUCAUGACGGAAGCUCCUCUGCUUGACUACUAUUAUCUGGACUUACCGUCUGCCGUCAAGAUCAAGCGAGCGGUCACCGGAAACACCGUGACGUCAGUGCUAUCGCUGAUAGGUUGUGUGGCGGGGCUGUUGGUGUGUGUGGUGUUCGCGGUGGGGCCCUGCGACACGGACAUGUGGUUCUCUAAAUGCAGCUACACUGAAAAUAAGACUGAGCACAGACUCCUGGCCAUAUUUAUUACCAUCUUUCUUUGCUCAUGCACAAUUCUGUCUGUGUAUUCCUCCAUAAUGUCGUGCGUUCAUGGUUGGGUGUUUGACUUCGGCGCAUGCGCUGUGGAGAUGCGCAGACUGGAGUCGCAUGAAAACAAAACCGAGAGUAGACCGGCGUCUUCGUUUCAGCCCGCGUUUCAGCCAGUGCCAAUGUUCGAUGCGGACGAAAACGGCAGUCGGAGCGACGACGAAAUGAAAAUUUCCAGCAAAUACACUGCUACAUCGUCAUUUAAACAGCACAAUGAUCACAAUAACGAUCGAAAUUGGGACGGUAACCAUGACGACGGUCACGUGGCCGCCAGGAAGCAGCACAUACAGGCCACGCAGCCGCAGUGCUACAUCGCAGUCCUCAAUGAUCCGGCAAUGAAACAGAAACUGAAAGAGCGAAAUAGUCGCCUGCAAGAGCAAUAACUUGUAUGUGGAUACCGUGAUAAGACCCAUUGUGAUCCCAUGUUAAUGUAAUGUAACAAGCAAAAAUCGUUGUUUCUAUAUGAAUCGUAUUGCAUAGCGUCAUGUUGCCAACGAUUGAAAAUUGACUGCACGAGAGAUAUGGAUGUUAUUGUAAUAUUGUAUAAGGUGUGGUAUAUUCAUUUAUAAUGGCUUACGCACCAAAUUAUAAUAUAGAUGGUUGGUUGCAAACCAGCAGA